AUGGAUCCUCGUUCGCUUGAUCCUGAGGCGGUUUCUCUAUCACGACAAUGUGUGAAAUGUGAUGCGCCGGGGAUUCUAGCUGGCGCUGAUUCUCGAAAGGCUGUCUACUGUGCACCGUGUUUUGUGCAAAUGGUCAAACACAAAUUUCGCUCGUCACUUGGAAAGCGAAGAAUUUACAAGGAUGGUGCCUCGAAAGAAACGCUACUUCUAUUUGAUGGUUCACUUGGAUCGGCGUUUGCUCUGGGACAACUCGUCGAAUCGCUUGAGGACACUCAACACAGAAAAUUGAUGAUCGAACCAACGAUCCUAUUUUUGAUCGUUUCGACAAAUACGGCAAGGAUCAAUGAAGUUCUAAAACGUUACAUGGACAUUUCCACUUCAUUGUCAAUUCCGUUUCGAAUAGCACACGUUGCAGCGGCUCUACAAAAGAAUUUUGAUCUUUCGGAUGUCACUCAAAGCUUUAUUGGUGAAGAUCAGCUUGAUCGUUACUCUCAACUGCUCUCAUCGAUGCGAACGUCGACGGCAAAGAACGAAGUGAAACGACUGCUCAUUGAAGUGAUCACUGCAAGAUUUGCGAUAGCAAGUGGAAUAGAGAAAAUCUGGCUUCCGAGUACUGGUGAUGAUCUUGCGCGAAACACGAUUCAAUUCUUCUCACUUGGGAGAGGUAAAUCACGUCAAUUUUUCUCACUU